AUGACGGAAGCUCGAAAAGUAAAUUUGGCCAAGGAGAGUUUUCAAAGGCCGCCAAUUAAUUCCGUUAAAGGCUCCGAUGGUGGCGGAAAACUUCAAACUAAACAUAAAAAUAAAAUACCAAAAGCCUUACGAUAUGAUUUAGAAAAUGCUCUAGUUGGGCUCUGCGAUGUAUGGUUCGAAGAGAUCAAGCCUUAUUUAGAACGCAACAAUAUAAAGCUGCACGUACACGGAACGGAGACCGGCGGCGGAGAGCCUGAGAUAACUCCGGAGUGUUCCCACCUCGACCCAGCGACAUCAGCUUCGCAGUGCAAACUGUGCCGGUUGUUGUUCAACGCCUCCAAUAGUAUCGAGAGCGCGGUCUCCCAAGCCGCUUCCUCAUCUUGCGUCUUUUCACAAACGGGAAACUUCAACGGAGCCAGAGUGAGACGUAAAACUGCUUCACCAUCGCCACCCAGACCGUUAGUGCCACGUCUUUGCAGAACCUUCAGUAUACCUAGAAACCACAAUCUCACAGAACAUUUAGUACCAAGUAAUAGAGAAACGUCACCGAAACCUUUACAACGGACUAGAUUACGGUACCCAUUGCGAACGCUAAAACAAUUUAGAGAUGCAUCAACUCAAACAGACAGAAAAGUAAGAGAUUGCAAGAAAGAAAAACCUCAAUCGCCUUCAAUACAAAAAUAUGAUGUCAAAGUUGAUUUGCCGGAUACCGUUAACAAAAAUACCAGACCUCUGUCACCCAAUUUCGGCAAAUGUCAAGCUACAACAUCGUUUUUUUCCUCGAAAAAUAAAAAAGAAGAGCAAGCCCUAUUCAAAGAUGAUUUAAUAGAUGUAAUUAAAGAGAAACAUGAUAAAAGACUCAAGAUAUUGUACAAGAAUCCAGGUCAAGAAGAAUAUCCAUCUGUUAUGAAUCUAUUUUCACCUAAAACAAACAACAUCAUACUGAAGCCUAAAACAGCUUGUAAGGCGCCACAUUGGAGAUAA